GCCACUCGCAAUCAGUUUAAAUUAAUUUGUUCAUAUUGUGUUCUAAUGUGAUUUAUUUAUUACUCGAAUAAUUGCAAUUUGUUAUAGAAAGUGUUAGUAAAUUAAGCAAUAUCGACGUUUGUAAACAAAAUCACUUGCGAAACUAUGGUCGCCAUAAAUGUACUAUCCGGCGUUGCGGGCGCGUUAAUUGCCCACUCAACUGAGAUCUUAGCCACUAUGGCCUUCUUCUUCUUCGCACUUUACCUUUGGCUGCAAUAUCAAUAUUCGUAUUGGCGACGUCAUCGUGUGCCUUAUAUUGAGCCGACAAUGAUUUUUGGCAAUCUCAAGGGUAUUAUCAAUUCUGAGAGUGAUCCUUGUUCGUGGUUCCAGUAUUUGUAUAAUCAUGAAAAGGCUAGGGAUCAUGCAGCGGUUGGCAUAUACGUUUUCAAUAAACCUUCUUUGUUGAUACGCGAUUUGGAGCUGAUCAAAACAAUUUUGAUUAAGGAUUUCAAUUAUUUCUCAAAUCGCCAUUCCGCUUCUGAUCCGCACUCCGACUCAUUGGGCUCAGAUAAUUUGUUCUUCGCGAAGAAUCCCAGAUGGAAGGAGAUACGCGUGAAGUUGACGCCUGUUUUCACCAGUGGCCGGAUGAAACAAAUGUUUCCACUGAUCGAGGAGGUUGCACGCGAAUAUGACAAGUAUUUAUGUGCAUUGAAAGUGGAUCCGAAAACUAAUUCUACGAUGAUGGAGGUAAAGGAACCGAAUGCGCUCUAUACAACCGAUGUGAUUGCAAUCACCGCUUAUGGCAUACAGGCGAACAGCCUUAAUGACCCCAAUGGCAUUUUCCGCAAGAGUGGCAAGAAGAUUUUCACCUUCACUUGGCUACGUGCCAUGGAGUUCAAAGCUUUCUUCUUUUUACCCAUCUUGGUGAAAAUAUUCCGCUUCAAGGUCUUCUCCGCAGAAACGACAGUCUUCCUACGCAACACCAUCAAUCAUGUUAUGGAGGAACGCAUUCGCACUGGAGCUGUACGCAAUGAUCUCAUCGAUACUUUGAUUAAAUUCCGACGUGAAGCAGAAGUAGAAUUGAAGGAAGGUAAAAAACCAUUCAUUUUAGAGCGAGACGCUUUGGCGGCACAAGCAGCUAUCUUCUUCUCGGCUGGCUUUGAGACCUCAUCAUCAACCAUGUCUUUUACAAUGUUCGAAAUGGCGCGUCACCCCGAAAUGCAGCAACGUUUGCGCGAAGAGAUGCGCACAGCUUUGCAGAGUAAUGACGGCAAAGUGACCUACGAACUGAUAAUGGGUCUCAAGUAUAUGGAUAAUGUUGUAAAGGAAGUGCUACGCCGUUAUCCGCCAUUACCUUUCCUCGAUCGCGUAUGCACGCCGAAAGCGGGAGAAAAGGGUUAUUCGCUGAAGGAAUUCGGCAUUGAUUUCGUUGUACCUGAAGAUAUGCCUAUCUACAUACCAAAUCAGGCUGUACAAAUGGAUCCAAGGAAUUUCAAAGAUCCCGAGCAAUUUAAUCCCGAUCGUUUUCUACCUGAAAAUAAGCAAGACAACAAUAUGAAUGCAUAUAUGCCAUUCGGCACUGGCCCCCAUAAUUGUAUUGGUGAACGCUUCGCAAUGAUGCAAACAAAGUUGGGAUUGCUCUACUUCUAUCGCAAUCAUUAUGUAACGGCUUGUGACAAAACGCCGCAGAAAAUUCAAUUGGAUCCACGUGCCGUUAUUAUCCAGUCGCUUGGUGGUAUUCACGUGAAUGUUGUACGGGAUCCGUUAUUUUGAGUGCGAUUUAGAAAUACAAAAAAAUAGCAGCUCUUUUUCUGUUUGUGGGUUAAUUUAUAACCAUUGUGUAGCUGUGAAAUUGCAUUGUAGUAAUAAUACACUAUUGUAAUUUUGUUUCUUGUUUGUUAUUUACAUAUUUAUAUAUAUUGUGAAUAAAUUAAAAAUUAUCACA